AUGUCUUCGAAGCCACCGACUUACGAAGAAGCUACCCGGCUUCCGGAUAGAUCAACGGUCAGUUAUUCACUUCUUUCUUUUAAACUUAAAAAAAAAACAAGAUAAGCUGGUGAGAUAUCAAUUUUAGGAUUCACCACCACCUUACGAAACCCAAGAGAAUCGAGAAAAUGAACCAGAAUCGCCACCAAUGGCUUCAACGUCUUCAGAACCGACAUCCAGCGGAGGAGCCUUCCCAGAUGAACUUAGUUUCCUGCCGAACAUUCCAGAUUCGGCGAUAAUUAGGUACUUAUUAAAGUCAAUAAGGUUUUUGAUUUACAUUUGAGUCCCCUCUGUUUCUAGCCAAAUGUGAAAAAUCCGUGAGUUUCAAAAAAGGGCCCUAAUAAGUCUCUAGAACUUUUUAAAAUAUAGUUUUUCACCUAGGGCCAAACGAAGGAGCAUUAUUUUUUUUUCAAGAAAUUGGAACUUUAAAGUUCGUCGUUUUUUCCCUUUUAGAGUAUAGUUAAUUCACCUAUGUUUAGAGACAAUGUUUAAAAGGUUCGGCAGAUUUUCAUUAAAGGGUCCUGGCACGAUUUCUCAGCCUACAGUUCCAUGGCCUUUAUAUUCCCAAAGAAACCGCAAAAUUUUAAUAUAAAGACUCCUGACACGGAUUCACGUUUUUAAAGCUUGAUCUCAGUUGAUUCACCUAGGUUUUGAAUCAAUAUUUGAAAAAUCAACAAUUUUUCCCGAAUUUGCCGAUUCUACUGAAAGAUCUAUCAAAAACCUCCUUCCAGACAACCGAUCCCGAUUUCUCAACCUUCAAUAUUCUCUUCUGAUUUUGCCCGAACGAACUUUGAGUCCGAGUCUUCACGAGGGCAUCAUCACUUCUAUCAAGAUCAGCAAAAUGAUUCCAACUUCUUUCAAAAUGGUUUGGAUUUGAAAAAAAAGCCUCAUUUCAAAUUUGGAAAAAUUUAUAGGCAGAAGAAACAGUUGCCACGAGGAGCACAGCGAAGGAGAAGAAGCUUUGGAAUGCUUUUGUUGUAUUCUUUUUGGAAUCGGAACGAUUCUGGACGGUUUCAUAAGUAGACCUAACGAAUAA